AUGAUACAGCUGAUUUGUUCAUCACAUUCACAUGCAAUCCCCGCUGGACAGAAAUCCAGCAAGAGUUAUUCCCUGGGCAAUCACCCAUUGAUCGUCAAGAUAUUACAGCCAGAGUCUUUAGUCACGCUGCUGGAUGUAUUCUGUGGAGUGGCAGAAAUAAGGAUUGCCACAAACACACAUUCUGAUUUGGUUGGUGGAGAAAUAAGGCCAAAUGAAGUUGAUGCAGUGAUAUCAGCUGAAAUCCCUAAUAUUCAAGUAGAUCCGGAAUUGCAUGAUAUAGUUACCAAAAACAUGAUAUAUGGUCCCUGUGUAACUCUUAAUCCAAAUUCACUGUGUAUGGUGGAUGGUAAAUGUUUAAAGCGAUAUCCACGGACAUUAAUAUCGGAAACAAUUACUGGUAAUGACGGGUAUCCACUGUAUCGUCGCCGAUCGACAGCAGACAAUGGAAGAUCAACAAUUGUCAAAUUAAAUCAACAAGAUAUUGAAGUAGAUAAUCGUUGGAUAGUUCCAUACUCACCUAUUCUAUCAAAGACCUUCAAAGCGCACAUCAACGUUGAAUCUUGCCAUUCAGUAAAAUCUAUUAAAUACAUUUGCAAAUAUGUAACCAAAGGGAGUGAUAUGGUUGUGAUUGGGAUUGGUGCAGAGAAUUCCAAUGAUGAAGUUACCCAUUACCUAAUGGGCCGUUAUUUUAGUAGUCAUGAAGCAAUGCCCAGAAAGCGCUUGCGAAAGACUGAAAGAGCGCGAUGUGACAUCAGUAAUUAUGAAUAUGCUUAUGAAGAAGUGAAACGCGGAACUUCUUUACGAAGAGCUGCGGAAAUACAUGAAGUUAAUCGCAUGACGUUGCUGCGAUACAUUCGGAAACGCGAUGAAGCGCGUGGGAUAUAUUGCUCAUAA